AUCCACAGUGAUUCAGAAUGAAGUCAGAGCAGAAACAGAGAAGAACCUGAUCAGCUGCUGCCCUCAGAUACAUUCUCUCAGUAAUCAGAUCACUUCUGUCUCUGGUAUGAGAUUACUAACUACAGGUUAAAUUCAGGCUCCACGGCAGGAACUCAGUUGAACUAAAGUGAGUCCAUAUUUCCUGAGGUUCUUUGGUUCCUCCUAUACCUGCAGCUCUGAUCAGUGGAACUAUGACUCCUCAGAUGUUUCUCUUCCUCUGUUCAGUUCUUCUCCAUGUGGAGCCAUGAUGCAGACACAGAUAGAACCAGUCCAUAGGUCCGGGACUGAGAAGGUUCAUUCUAGAACCAUGUUCAUCAACUGGACUCUUUGGUUUUUAGAGUUUUUACUUUGGAAUCUGAAUUUUACUUCCAGUCUUUCUGAAGUGUUUGUUUCUGAUGUUCAUCAGAGAAAAUACUCUGUUGUUAGAAGUAAUCUGAUUACUGUGAGGUGCUCCAGUUUAGAAUCCUGUGGACUUCCUACUGUCAUGGAUUAGAUGUUUGGAAGCACAUUUCCAUCUAACAUGAAGGACUGAAGGAUCUUUUGUGGCUGAAGUGAGCCUCUACAGGAACAUGUUGGAGUCUGAACCGGUUCCAGUUGGAUCACUGAAGUCAGCGUCUCCUGGUCCAGAUUCGGGACUGGUCCAACAGAGUCCAGACUGGAACCAGGAGGAAACUAGUUGGUGUUUGUGAAACGGCUGCUGGUCGUCAGGCAGCAAAGUGACACCAGAGGAAAAACAGAGAAUCCCCAAAGACAGACGACUAAUGAGAGGAGGCAGAGCUGCUCAGGUGUUUCACUGCUCAGAAACAUUUCAGCGCCAGCACUCGUCUGCAUCCGUCCCUCUGAACUGGACCUGCUGGACCUCCUGGACCUGCUGGAUUUUCCUGGAGCAGAGACGUGGAUGCUGAUUGGCUGCUGGUUUCUGCUGGUGUGUUUUUGUCUUUGUGGACUUUGAUGGACGGACAGAGAGUCGGACCGAUCUGGACCCUCUAAGACCCACGAGUGACUCCAACAGCAGCAGGUGAGAUGGGCUGUCUGGGAGGGAAGACGGAAGAAGAACGACUGGAUGAAAAAGCGAAAAGAGAAGCAAACAAGAAGAUUGAGAAGCAGCUGCAGAAAGAGAGACAGGCUUAUAAAGCUACACACAGACUGUUACUGCUGGGUGCAGGAGAAUCAGGUAAAAGUACGAUAGUGAAGCAGAUGAGGAUUCUUCACGUCGAUGGCUUCAAUGCUGAGGAGAAGCAGCAGAAGAUUCAGGACAUCAGGAAAAACGUGAAGGAUGCCAUCGUGACAAUCGUUUCGGCCAUGAGCAUGCUGACUCCGCCCAUCCCUCUGGGUAACCCCGGCAACCAGUUCAGGGUCGACUACAUCAAGAGCAUUGCACCGCUGUCUGACUUCGAGUACUCCGAGGAGUUCUUUGAGCAUGCUCAGAAGCUAUGGGAGGAUGAGGGAGUGAAGGCGUGCUACGAACGUUCCAACGAAUAUCAGCUGAUCGACUGCGCCCAGUACUUCCUGAACAGGUUGGACUCAGUGAGGAGGACUGACUACACACCUACUGACCAGGACUUGUUGCGCUGCAGAGUUUUGACUUCAGGGAUUUUUGAAACCAGGUUUCAGGUGGACAAAGUCAACUUCCAUAUGUUCGAUGUAGGAGGACAAAGGGACGAGCGCAGGAAGUGGAUUCAGUGCUUCAACGAUGUCACCGCCAUCAUCUUCGUCGCUGCCAGCAGCAGCUACAACAUGGUGAUCAGAGAGGACAACUCCACCAAUCGGCUGCGAGAGUCUCUGGACCUCUUCAGAUCCAUCUGGACCAACAGGUUCCUGAAGACCAUCUCGGUGAUCUUGUUCCUAAACAAACAGGACGUUCUGGCUGAGAAGAUUCUGGCUGGAAAAUCUAAACUGGAGGAUUAUUUUCCUGAAUACACCAACUACCAGGUUCCUGUUGACGCUGCUCCAGAUGCUGAUGAAGACCCCAAAGUGACCAGAGCAAAGUUCUUCAUCAGAGACGAGUUCCUGAGGAUCAGCACGGCCAGCGGUGACGGGAAACACUACUGCUAUCCUCACUUCACCUGCGCCAUCGACACCGAGAACAUCCGCCGUGUCUUUAACGACUGUCGUGACAUCAUCCAGCGCAUGCACCUGCGGCAGUACGAGCUGCUCUGAUUGGCUGGCGGCUCACCUGGCUCCACCCCCUGCUAAAGGACUGAUGUGAUGUGUAAUAACCAAUGGUGAUAGGUGAUCAAUAUGAUAGAUCCUCGUGUUUCCAUUUAUUGAUUAGUGGUUAUUGAUCAUUAGGGCAGAUGGAGUCUCUGUGUUGCUGUUUCUGUGCCUCAUGCAGGGGAUUGUGGGUAGUGUAGUUGUGAUGGACAAGUGUGGCAGAGGGCGGGGCUUAGACAUGAAAUUUAAAUAUAUUUUUACAUGUUUGCUGGAGUGUUUAUCAAUAUCGUGUUUUAGAUUUCAUAACUGCUGAAUCUAAAUAAAGACUUUAAAUCCCAAA